AGUGAAGGGACGACAGUAGUUCACAUCUGAUACUCGCUUUGGCUUUGCGUUUCCAAACAUAUUGCAGGCUUCAACAUUUUUCUUGUUUCAUUUUCUCGAACAACAGUUCACCAGCGACAUAAAAAUUAAAACAACGAGUACAUGUACAACCUCGACCGCACAGUAAAGCUAAAACUAGCGACCAAGUGAAGAUGAAAAUGCUAUUAUCUUCCUCGUCUUCGUGAUAAGAAUUUUGACUAGUCAAGAAUUCUAGUGCAAGAAAGUAGAGCAGAAAGACAAGCCCAAUGCUUCCCAGCUCUAUUGGGCAGCUGUCCUUCGGGGCAGCUGCGAACAGCAACCAGAACAGAACGUCACCCAAUGUUCCUUCAUCCGCAUCAAAUAACAAGUCCUCAGCCGACGAUGAAACCGCGUUCGCACUGGAGUUACUCGCCCAGGCGGAAGGAGCCGGCACUGCCGCCCCCGCAGCCGACAUUGACUUGGCAGCGUUGCUUUCAUCCAUCGGCGCCUCCAGUCCAGUGGAAGACGUCGCAGCACCAGGAGCAGCUGGAGCUGGAGCUGGAGCUGCGCCGCAUCCUUUGAAAACCACCAGCAAUGGCGACCUCGCGGCUUCCGCUGCGCCCUCAAAGCCAGCGUCAAGCCCCAACGUGGACGACACCGCCGGGUUGACGAUCCAAACGAUGGCAGCGCCGGCUGGGGGACUGCGAAAUUUGAAUUCCGUUUCCGCCGACGGGUUAGUACCGGGAGGCGGGGGGCUCAGUAGUGACAAUUUGAUGAAGGUGAGCAGUAUGCAAAGUGGAGAUUUUUCACAACAGCAGCAUCAACAACAGCAAGGUGGAUCAAAUUCCAAACAGCCCUCAGUUGCAGGCGGGAAUAUUAAAAUGUCCGGGGGCACCUCCGGAGGAGCAGAAAAUAAUGCAGGAGCUGCUUCCUCCUCUACUGCAAAUAACAAAGCCGGCAACGCAACGUCUUCCUCCGGACCAUCAAAUGCGACCGUGAACAAUAAGCACAGCAAGAAGACCAUCAGGAUUUUGAAUGCGGGGGAUAACGUGACAAAACGCAUGGAGACGAUGAAACGCUACUUAAAUUUCCUCGUCGACGCCGCCCGGGACAUGUUCCACAUCUACUCGAAAAAGUACAUCGACGAGGGGUUAGGAAGACCAGAAGUGCAGGAGGAUAUAUCAAAUGUAAAAAUGUCUGGGUCUGGAAGGUUGGAACUUGUGACGCAGACUCUGGAACACACAAAAACUUGUGUUGCAUGAGCGGCAAAAGCUGUCCAUUUCUUGGCACGCAAGUAGGAAGUUUCUCAUGCGGGACAGGCAUCAUGAGGCGUGCUCAAAACCUGUGAUGCUUUUGCCUGCAUCAGACGCCACUUGCGUGAUCCGAAAUAUGCAUGACAAAUCUCAGAAUCUUCCAGACCCAGACAUUUUUACAUUUGAUAAGAUGCGAUCCUGUACAACCAGAAGCUUUCCAACUGGAUAAAACCCGAGGACAUGAAAGAGCGGGACCAAAUAAUACGAGAAUUGUGCUCCUCUGGGUACAGAGAGGUUUUGUGUGAGGUCGCGGAUCAGGAGAUCAUCGAAAGAUUUCUCGACCUAUUCCGGGAGGACCGGCCGGGCGGGAUUCCCUUUCACCUGCAGAAUGGGCAGUAUACUCCGGAAAUGAUGAGGCAGUGGAAUGCUACAUCAGAGAGCAAUAAAACCGCGGAGUUGCUACUGGAUAAAUCCUUUUUCCGGAUCUUCUUGACAGAACACCAGAAGCGGGAUUUUUUCGUGUUAUACGGGUUGAACUUAUUCCAGGAUUUCGGCAUGCACCGGCAAUACGGCAGGGUAGGAUUGCAGGCGGCGUUAGGGCAACUGGACGCACUGCAGAUGUCAACGGAUUUGGGGAUUGCCAGUCCGAAUAGUCCAGCUUUGUCAGACGACACGGAAAUGUCAGGCGGGGAGGAAGAAACGGCGAGAAUCAGGCAACAGCAAAGACAGAACAAUAACCAGAACGCGAAUGCCGGGAACAACGGCAUAUUCCAACAACUACAGCACGACAGUCUGAACACGAAAUUACUCCCUCCUGAGGAAGAGUCCCUCGGCGUCCCAGUUCCCGCGGUUGUGGUCGACGGGAUGCCAAAAACGAUCAAUAUUUUCCCGGAGGGCCACGUUUUUAACCCGACGGCUGACGAGAGGAAAGCAGCCGACCAGGUGGUGCAAGCGACAGAAACACUGAUUGACAACAUUCUUUUUGUCGAUUCCGUCGAGUUCGAGCAGGAAGUUUCCAAGAAACUCGGGCAGGAGAAGGUGCAGCACGCAAUUCGGAGAUGUAUCCACAGAAAAAAACCCAUCCACAUCCAUUUUUUGCAUGACAAGCACAGAACUUUAUUGAUUGGCGGCUAGUUAGUUCCUUUUCGUUGUAUUUCCAUUCUUUUGUCAUGCAGUUUCUCUUGGCCUUUAUUUGGGCUGGUGUUGAGUCUCCAGGGACUAUCAACGGCUAUUGUCUAAGCUUCUUUCCGCCGCUCCUGGUUUUGUAUGUUUUUCUGCUGCCACCACAUCAGACUACUGGCGCGCCCUCACAUACGAGAGCUAAUAGAUUUACUUGAUGUUCACGCUACUUCUGUAGCCUUCUCCGACGUCGUUUGUUUCGGUUGUGAGUGUCCGGACCUCUGAGUGAGCUCUUAUGUGCUUGUGACCAGUAGCUGUGCGAUAUACUGAAUAGAGUUUCUAAUGCUUAUAAGACUAAAAGCUUAUACAUACAAUAACCGCGUAUUUUUCGCGUGGUUGUUCAUGGUGGAGCCGGCGCCUGUACCCAUGAACAGCCAUCUAAGACGCGGAAAAUAGCGAGCACUCUACUUCGGUUUCCCUAGUUGACACAUGGUGCCUGGUUUUCCUCUUCCCCACCUGCUGCCAUUACUUCGGUGGUAUCGGCUUCGUCCGAUCUUGUUUGUAUUUACCGACGUUUCUGGCAUUUUGUAUGUCGGGUCGUUGACCCUUUGGGAAUGAAAACUAGGCUUGUGCGCCUGUAUUUGCACUCCAUGUUCAGCUCUCGCUUGUAUGAUUUGCAUUUACAUGCUACUUCUUAGGGUAGCAAGGGAAAUUAGAAUAGAGACGGUACAGGCAGAAGUGGUUUUGACCGGUCUAGUUUUAGAGUUACCUAUGCGCGCUAAAGAGUUUUAGUUUAUCUUUUCACUUAUCAUUUUUGGGACAAUCUUUUUAUACUGGGCUAUUCCAUUCUUUCCCAUCCUGGAUCACGAAGCUGUAGCAGCUUGGCCACAUUUGUCAUGCAGUUUUUCGUUUUGGUCAUACUCUCUGGUUUUUUCCUCUCGUGGCAAUUUGUACCUGGUGUCCCUGUUUGUCAUGCAAAUCCUACCAUCUACGCUGUUUCUGGCCUCUUGCAUGUUGGUCCUUGGACGUUGGUGCCACGAUCGCAACUCCUUUUCCAGGACCUUAGUUUCCCGCCUGCUACAACCUCGUGCUUCCACUUUUUUGGAUGGUGUUUUUACUGGGGGUAGAGCUGUGUCAUAGUUCCUACUUCAAACCCUUUUACUUUUUAUUUUGGUUCCCUCGGUGCUGAGACAGGGAGUUUGCACAGAGUUAUUUCUACCUAGAUAACAACCAACUCACGUCGCAGCCGUCCCAGGAGUUUCGAUUGUUGUCUCUCGGUAGAAAUCACGCCGUUCAAAUAUUUCUGUUUUGGAGUUUACUGGGUACGCGGUUAAGCUUGUCUUUCGAUAGAAGUCGCGUUGUCCAAUAAUUUCUUCUAGAGUUUACCGGGUAAGAAGUUUACCGGGUUUACCGGGUCGCACAGCAAUGUGAAUCCGAUUUGCUUGCUGCUGCUAUGUAUGUUUUGUAUGACAUCGCGGUGCCACCUUUAGCAUGGCUUCGCCUUUAUUCGUAAAAAUGUAUGUGUGGCGAUUUGUAUCAGUCUCUGCCCUUCGUUACUGCUGCACUUCCUUCGUAAAUUCCUGCUGUCUCGUAAAUGGAGCUAGAUCGCAAAUUCGUGCGCUCCUCAUUCUGAAAAAUUGGAUCUUCCCGGCCUUCCCCUCGUGCCCACGUAGAUGUAGGUCUCUACCCUUUUACUUCCUCCGUGUCGUGUAGUUUUGUCUUGUUUCUUGCCUCAUCCUUGUAGCGCUAGAUCGCGGAUCCCGCUUCCUCGCAGGGGCAGCUGUUUUUUUUCCGUCUUGCCAGCGGAGCUGUGGAGGGGUUGGGGUUGCAGCUGCGGCUGCUUGCUUGUAGAUUUAUUGUGGUUCGAGUACGUUAUAGGAAAGGGCGUUUAUUUUGGUAUGUGGGCGUUCCUGAUAUUGCCGCUCGGGCUUAUCCGUAUCGCUACAUGUAUCUCUGACCUUUUAUUGGUUUUAAAAAAAGUAACCAGGCCCUCUUUGCGAUCUCCGGUGAAGAACUAUAGCGCGCAAUUCCUAACUUAGUCCCUGGCUCGGUCUGCUAAUCCGGGUAAGUAGCAACAUCGUCGCGCUUCUUCACUAAAUCGCUUACUGGUGCCUGCCCGCUCGGGGAAUAAUUACAUAAACGGCUGCCGCUUGUGGUGGUCAGAGGCGUUCGAGUCUACCUAGUCCCUAGCUGCGCGCUACUCUUUUAGUUCGUGCGGGCUCCAGGUGCUGCGAUCACCGGCAGGAGCAUAACAACAGCGAGCAUAAGGACGUUAGAUUUUUGAUUGCUUUACAUUACAAGACCGGCGCUUUUUGCAUCGGCCCGCCGAAGCUUUGCGUGCGGGUUCAGCAGUCUUCUUUCUCGCGAAAAAGGUGAGUCUCCUGACCCUUCUGGUCGUCACCAUUCCGCCGGUGUCUGUGCUCUCGGGCGCGUCACCCACCUCAGGACCUCAGGUUAAGAGUUUGUCGACGUAAUUUACAAAGGGACGCCCUGCCCUUAGUUUCCCAACAUGACAAGCACAGAACUUUAUGUAUGUUUUGCAUGACAAAUUGGAUGUGGAUGGGUGUUUUUUCCUGGAUAAGAUGUUCUGACUUCGCAAAGCGACAGUUUUACAACUUCUGCUUCGACCGGUGUGUUAUCAAAUGCAAAAUUGUCUGGGUCUGGAAACUUGUGAUGCUGGGUGGCGUAUCGUGAUGAAGCCACAAGUGCUGGCUCAGCAUGACAAGUUUCUGAGCCUGCUCUAGGUGAUGCCUAUUCUGCAUGACAAAGACAAACUGCGUCUCUGCAUGACAGAGAAGUGGAGCUCUUGGGUAACGUGCAUGACAAACAAGGUCCGAGCGUGGGGACAGGGUCCCCACGCGGGCCCUUGGCUUCGGUUUCGGCCUGGGGCUUCGUUCGGCCCGGGCCUUUGGCUUGGGGUUUCGGCUUGGGGUUUCGGCUUCAGGCGACGGCGACAGACAGGCGACGGAGGUGGACUGUGGUGCGCCUUGUGCAGAACUGCCACCGCCCCAGAGGCGCGGAACGAGCUCUGCGAAGUUCGCGCAACAAAUCUGGACGCGGGGCGUCGCUCCCUCGCAUGAAAGCAAGGGCCGAGGCACGAAGCCGGGAGGGCGAUAGCCGGAGAAGCAAGAAACAGAGCGGGGCAGGGCUGGCCAGCUGGACGGCUUUGCGGCCUUGAGUUUUCGGAAGAGCCGCCCAAACUUGAAAAACUCCCGCCAGCUUUUUCACGCUUCCCCGCUCUCGCAUUGAUUUCGGCCAGCGUGUGGCUUCGGGUUCGUUCCGUGCGAUGGCCGGGGGAGCAAGGUAGGAAAAGAGCGGGGCAAGGGUGGGGCUGGCCAGCUUGGUGGCUUUUUGGCCUUGGGUUCGUUUUCGGAAAAGCCGGCCAAACUUGAAAAGAUUUCUCAAGUUUGUCCAAGCUCCCCCGCUUUCGCGGUGCCUGUUGCCAAAAUGUGGCCGCGGGGCUUCGCGCGAUAGCCGGAGAAGCAAGGAACAGAGCGGGGCAAGGCUGGCCAGCUGGGCGGCUUUGCGGCCCUAGCUUUUCGGAAAAGCUGGCCAAACUCGAAAAAACUUCCAAGCUUUUCCAAGGCUCCCCGAGUUCACAGCACCGCCCUACGGCCAAAGUGCGGCCCCGGAGCUUCGCGCGAUAGCCGGAGAAGCAAGGAACAGAGCGGGGCAAGGCUGGCCAGCUAGGCGGCUUUGCGGCCUUGGGUUUUCGGAGAAGCUGGCUCGGUGGCCCAACUUGCAAAGCCGUUCCAAAGUUUUUCAAGAUUCCCGCCCUUGUAUUACCUUCCUCCAGCCGCGCCAGGGCUGGCCGCGGGACUUCACGCGAUAGGCGGAGAAGCAAGGGACAGAGCGGGGCAAGGCUGGCCAGCUGGACGGCUUUGCGGCUUUGGGUUUUCGCAAAAGCUUGCCAAAAGCCGAACAGCUUCAGGCCUUUUGCAAGAUUCCCCGCUUUCGCAUUACCUUCCUUCUACAGCAAAAACGUGGCCGCGGGCGGGGCUUCGCGCCCGCGAUAGCCGGAGAAGCAAGGAACAGGGGGAGUGGGGCAAGUUGGCAAGGGUGGCCAGCUUGACGGCUUUGCGGCCUGGGCUUUUCGGAAGAGCUGGCCUGCCAAAGUUCCUAAAACUUCGCGCGUUUUUUGCUUUUCGGGAUCAUUUCCCACGGUCGCACUACGUACGGCCAAGAUGUGGCCGCGGGGCUUCGCGCGAUAGCCGGAGAAGCAAGGAACAGAGCGGGGUAAGGCAUGGCGGCUUUGUGGUGUGGGUUUUCGGAAAAGCUGGCCAAACUUGACAAAUUUUGCAAGCGCUGCCAAGGUUUCCAGCAUUCGCACCACCCCCGGCCACAGUGUGGCCCCGGGCCUUCGCGCGAUAGCCGGAGAAGCAAGGAGCAGCCAGAGCGGGGAAAGGCUGGCCAGCUUGGCGGCUUUGAUUGCGGCCUUCAUUUUUCGGAAAAGCUGGCCAAACUUUAAGGCUUUUUGCAAAUUUUUCCAAGAUUCCCCGCUUUCGCAUUGCCUACGGCCAAAAACGUGGCCGCGGGGCUUCGGGCGAUAGCCGGGGAAGCAAGGAAUAGGGCGGGGCAAGGCUUGCUGGGGGGGCAGCUUGGUGGCUUUUUGGCCUUGGGCUGAAUUUCGGAAAAGCUGGCCAAACUUGAGCUCAAGCCUUUUGCUUUUCAGGAUGCAUAGACUUCGCGCGGCCCCAUUGCGAACGUACGGCCAAGCUGUGGCCUCGGGGCUUUGCGCGAUAGCCGGAGAAGCAAGGAAAAGGGCGGGGCAAGGCUGGCCAGCUUGACGGCUUUGCGGCCCUGGGUUUUCGGAAAAGCUGGCCAAACUUGGCAAAGCUUUCCAAGGUUUUUCAAGCUUUCCCGCUUUCGCAUUACCUCCGGCCAAAAUGUGGCCGCGGGGCUUCGCGCGACCGAUAGCCGGAGAAGCAAGGAACAGAGCGCGGCUAGGCUGGCCAGCCGGCUGGGCGGCUCUGCGGCCUUGAGUUUCCGGAAAAGCUGGCCAAGCUUGAAAAAAUUUCUUUGCUCAAGUUUGUCCAAGAUCCCCCGCGCUCGCAUUACCUACGGCCAAAAUGUGGCCUGGGGGUUUCGCGCGAUAGCCGGGGAAGCAAGGAACUGCGCGGGCCAAGGCUGGCCAGCUGGACGGCUUUGAGUUUCCGGAAAGGCAGGCCAAACUUCAGAAAAGUUAAAGCCCCCAAGCCAUUCCGCGACCUCCUGUCUUCGCUUUACCUACGGCCAGCAUGUGGCCGCGGGGCUUCGCGUGAUACAUAGCCGGAGAAGGAAGGAACAGAGCGCGGCAAAGUUGGCCGGCUGGACGGCUUUGCAGCAUUGGUGUCUCGGAAAAACUGGCCAAGCUUGCGAACGUUUCCCAUGCUUUAGCGAGCCCCCCCGCUUAUUUUCGCACUACCUGCGGCCAGCUCGGGGCCUCGCGCGGUAGCCGCAGAAGCAAGGAAAAAGGCGGGGCAAGGCUGGCCAGCUGGGCGGCUUUGUGGCCUUGGGUUUUCGGAAAAGGCGGACAAACUUGCAAAAAUUUUCCAAGCUUUUUCAAGAUGUCCCGCGCUCGCUCGCAUUGCCUACGGCCAGAACGUGGCCCCGGAACUUGAAGCCCCUACAGAAAAAGCUUUGCAGGGUUUGGCCCCUAGUGGAAAAAUUUCAAAAAAUCCGAGUUGCCCAGAAUCAAAGAACUCGGAAAAAACAACAAAAAAGCACUGCUUUUUUUUGGAUUCGGGCGGCCGUCGGGUCUGUCUGCUAGCUUCACGUCCCGAAUCUCUGCCGGGGCGCAGGCUUCUGUGUUUCGGUGGGGUUUCCUGGGGCUCUUCUUGGUCGUUCCGCCUCCUUCUUCUCCGGCGUCGCGUCUCAGUGUGGCCCGGCUUCCGGGAUUGUGGUUGUUCAGGAAAUCGGGCCGCCGGUUUGUCCGGGUUUCUUCGCUUUCACAGUUUUUGUGAAGUUUCGCCGGGAAGAAAUGCCCGAAAAAAAUUGCAGACCUCGCUGGCCUGCAUCAAGUGGGCAACAGAAAAAAUUGGAAAAAAAUUUCGGAAAUCGGGCAAAUAGGGAAAACCAAUGGGAUUUUCCCUAUGUGGCCGAAUUUUCGAAAUUUCUUCGGCCCUCAUUCUAUGCCCCCCGGGCCCCAAUCGAAGGCUUUUUUGUGGGCCGUUGAGUUUUUUUUUUUAAUUGCCGUUUUGAAGUUUUUUCUUUUAAAUUUCCCGGGCGGGGUUUUUGUUGGCUCUUGGCGGGGGGAAAUGCGUCGCCGUGGUCAGUCUGAAGCUGUCGCGUAUGUUCCGCCAUGUCGGGCUUUUUCAUGUUUCCAUGAGUCUUGUCGCAUUGGGUUGGCAUGCAAAUCGUCGCUCUUGGUCGGACACAGGAUCCCCGGGGCUGUCUUGCUGGUCUUGUGGGGCCACCGCCCUUCUUCUCGCCCCACGGGAAUGGGAUUCGCUUACGUCUGACGGGCAGCUUGGUUCGUUCUCUGCUUUCGGCCGAUCCGGCCCGGGGAGCGAAGUUGGCAAAUUUGGAAAAAGCGCUGCACCUUUUUCGCCCAAAGCCAAAGCUUUAGGGGCAAAAUCCGGCAAGGGCUUCGCGCGAUAGCCGGAGAAGCAAGGGGCAGGGAGAGUGGGGCAAGGUUGGCCAACAAGCUGGACGGCUUUGCGGCCUUGGGUUUUCGGAGAAUAAAGCUGGCCAAACUUGAGGGAAUUUCUCAAGGUUCUUCAAGAUUUUCCGCCGGCCCUCGCAUUACCUACGGCCAAGGUGAGGCCUCGGGGCUUCGCGCGAUAGCCGGAGAAGCAGGGGAAAGAUACGAGCGGGGCAAGGCUGGCCAGCUGGAAGGCUUUGCGGCCUUGAGUGUUCGGAAACAAAAGCGGGCCAAACUUGAAAAAAUUCCUGAAAUCGCUUCAAGGCUUCCCGCCUUCGCAUUGCCAGCGGCCAAAACGUGGCCGCGGGGCUUUGCGCGAUAGCCGGAGACGCAAAGAACAGAGCGGGGCAAGGUUGGCCAGCUGGGCAGCUUUGUGGCCUUGGGUUUUCGGAAAAGCUCGCCAGGCUUGAAAGAGUUUUCCAACUUUUGCAAGAUUCCGCGCCUGCCUUCGCAUUGGAUUGCGUGCGGCCAAGUCGGGGCCUCGCGGGCGCGAUAGCCGGCGAAGCAAUGAACAGAGAAGCGCAAGGCUGGCCAGCUGGACGGCUUUGCGGCCUUGGGUCUUCGGAAAGGCUGGCCAAACCUGAAAGAGAUGGGCGCCCCAAGUUUUUUCAAGACUCCCAGGACAGAUUCCCAUUAUCUACCUACGGCCAACAUGUGGCCGCGGGGUUUUGCGCGAUUGAUAACCGGCGAACGAAGCAAGGAGCAGCGCGGAGUGAGGCUGGCCAGCAAGCCGGACGGCUUUGCGGCCAAACUUGGCAAAAUUUCUCGCGUUUUUUCCGGAUUGAUUUCCCGCCGGCCCUCGCAUUACCUACGGGCACGGCCAGAGUGUGAGUGGCCCCGGGGCUUCGCGAGAUGGCCGGGGAAGCAAGGAGCAGAGCGGUGCAGGGCUGGCCAGCUUGCGGCCCUUGCGGCCUUGGGUUAGUUUUCGGAGAAGCUUGGCAAACCUGAAAAGGACUCCCAAGCUUUUUCGAGGCCUCCCGCGGUCGCAUUACCUACGUAGGGCCAAAAUGCGGCCGCGGGGCUUCGCGCGAUAGCCGGAGAAGCAAGGAACAGAGCGGGGCCGGCAAGGCUGGCCAGCUCCUAAGCGGCUCGCUCCGCGGCUGGCUUCGGGCUUUCGGAAAAGCUGGCCAAACUUGAAAAAAGCUGUAAGCUUUUCCAAGCUUUCCCGCUUUCGCAUUACCUGCGGCCAAAACGUGGCCACGGGCGGGGCGUCGCCCGAUCGCCGGAGAUGCAAGGGACAGAGCGGGGCAAGGCUGGCCAACUGGACGGCUUUGCGGUGUUGGGUUUUCGGGAAAGUUGACAAAGCUCGGAAACAUUUUUCAAGUUUCUUCAGGAGUCCCCGUUUUCGCAUUACGCACGACCAACGUGCGGCCUCGGGGCUUCGCGCGAUAGCCGGAGAAGCAAGGGACGGAGCGCAGCAAUGCUCGCCAGUUCGACGGCUUUGGGGCCUUGGGUUUUCGGGAAAGCUGGCCGCUUCAAGAUUUCCCGCGGUCGGAUUACCUUCCUACGGCCAACAUGUGGCCGCGGGGCUUCGCACGAUACCCGGAGAAGCAAGGAACAGAGCGGGGCAAGGCAGGCCAGCGGGACGGCUUUGCGGCCUUGAGUUUUCGGAAAAGUUUUCCAAACUUAAACCCCGCCAAGUUUUUUCAAGCUUUCCCGCGUUCGUAUUGCCUACGGCCUCGGUGCGCCGCACAAUAGCCGGGGAAGCACGGGGCAGAGCGGGGCAAGGCCGGCCAGCGAGCUGGACGACUUUGCGGCUUUGAGUUUUCGGAGAAGCUGGCCAAACUUGAAAAAAUUUCCCGGCUUUUCCAAGAUUCCCCGCCUUCGUUCUACCUGCGGGCGGCCAAAAUGUGGCCGCGGGGCUUCGCGCGAUAGCCGGAGAAGCAAGGGGCAAAGCGGGGCAAGGCUGGCCAGCUCGGCGGCUUUGCGGCCUUGGGUUUUCGGAAAAGCUGGCCGCACUUGAAAAGGUUCGCGCGCUUUCUUCAGGGUUUCCCGUUUUCGCAUUACCUACGGCCAAAAUGCGGCCGCGGGGCUUCGCGCGAUAGCCGGACGAGCAAGGAACAGAGAGAGCAGGGCACGGCCGGCAAGCUGGACGGCUUUGCGGGCGGCCUUGGGUUUUCGGGAAGGAUGGCCAAACUUCAAAAAAGUUAGCUUUCAAGUUUUGCAAAGGGCUCCCGCGUUCAAAUUACCUGCGGCCAAAAUGCGGCCCCAAGAUUCCCCGCAUUCGGACGACUGGCGGCCAAGAUGUGGCCCCGGGUCUUCGCGCGAUGGGCGGGCUGCAUACCCUUGGGAAGCACGUGCUCGCGAAUAUUCCAGAGCAGAACCCCCACCCCGAAUGUUCGCGAACAUCCUAGAGCCGCCCACGCAUGCAUCAGGGCGAGCCCCAUACCCUUGCGAAACGUUGCCGAAUAUUCCAGAACGCGGCCCCCUCGUCGAAUAUUCGCGAAUAUUCCGGGGCAGGGCGAAGACUCUCGGGAAGUUUUCGCGAAUACUCAAGAAAACAGCCCCCCCGAAUGUUCGCGCGCAGAUAUUCCAGAACGGCCCGAAUGCUCGCGAAUAUUCCAGAACAGCCCGGCACUUGCUGCCGGCGCCUGUCGUGCCCAGCCACCUGUCCUGUCGCGGCGAACUGGCGCCACCCCCUGUCGCCGUCAGCCACCUCCCGUCGGGGCUAGGCGAGACCAGAGCCCGGGGGCCAGGCAGUGCAAGUGCUAAAAUUAAUGGGCCCGAAAUAAAUGGACGCCGUACGAGAAGAGCGCCGGCCGCGCUUUUGCGUGCGUGCGCCCAUUUUCAAGGCGAGGCAGGUGCACGCGCGCCGCCCUUCUCGUCCUUCUUUUGGGCCGGUGCUAGCGUGGCAAAACUGAAGCUGGCUGCUUUUUAGCGCGCGCGCAUUUUUCAAAAAUAGCCACUACUUUUCGAAAGCAGACACUACUUUUCCGACCUUACGAAAAAGCAAUCAGACUCGAAAUCCGGGCCCUGUAACUGUAACCACACACCCCAGGCGACAGGUGCAGGCGACAGGCGAAAGGAGAGGCGAAGCGACAGGCAAAAGGAGAGGCGAAGCGACAGGCGAACCGACAGGCGAAACGACAGGCGAAACGACAGGCGAAACGACAGGCGACGACGACAGGCGACGACGACAGGCGGCGGCGACAGGCCAAAAGUGGCAACUUUUCACGCGGUUCCGCACCAGCAGCAGCAACAAAAAAAAAGCACAGAGCUACUUACUUCCGCGAAGAAAAAAGGGGCUCUUUAAGUAACAGAGUUGCUUUUUUCUUCUUGCAAAUAAUUGGCCCUUUGCUUUUUUUUUGUUGCUGCUGCUGCUGCGGAACCGCGUGAGAAGUUGCCACCUGUGGCCUAUCGCCGCCGCCUGUCGUUUCGCCUCUCCUUUCGCCUGUCGCUUCGCCUCUCCUUUCGCCUGUCGGUUCGCCUGUCGCCGUCGCCUCUCGUCCUCACCUGUCGCCGUCACCUGUCGCGACGAACAAACUCUAUUUGUCCAUGACAAGCGCAUUUUUUUACUUCUCAAAAAUAAAUAGUGACUUACUUACUAAAAGCAAAUCUUAUUUAUUUUUGAAAAAUAGAAAGUAGGUGGCAAACGCAUGCGUUCGAGUUUCUUCACUCCGUCUCGGGUUAAUUUAUUCACGUGCGUGAAAUAGUUACUAUUUCUCGAAUGUGAAUAAAUUAACUAUUUUUUGCACAUGGACAUGAAUUAAGAUAAAAGAGUUGCUUUUUUCUGUCGAAAGUCAAUAAUUCUUUUAUUUAUUUUUUUGCUUCUAGUGUUGAUUCUGCUGGUGCGAAACCGCAUGAGAAAUGGCCACUUUUGGCCUGUCGUCGCCGCCUGUCGUUUCGCCUGUCGUUUCGCCUCUCCUUUCGCCUGUCGCUUCGCCUCUCCUUUCGCCUGUCGUCUCACCUCUCGCCUUCACCUGUCGCCGUCACCUCUCGUCUGGGGUAUGUGAUAACAGAACCCGGAAGUCAAGCAAUAUAAAUAUUAAUUCAAGAGUCAUGCCUGACACGCAUGACAAACAUGCAUUCUUCCAGACCCAGACAUUUUUGCACUUGAUAUGUGUGGAUUUACCGGAAAAAUCCGAGGCGCUAUUCGCAAAAUUGCCUAUGUUCGCGAAUUACAUGCUGGUGGAAAUGGAAAAAAAAGCGAAAACGUUGAACGAGUGGUAUAGUUUUGUGUUUGGAAGUUAUUACUUCAUCGUGUUUGAUGCAUGACAAACGCAUACAUUUUGACGUGCCGGCAAUACAAAUUUGCUUUGCCAAAAAUUCUUGUUCCACCUUAAAAAAAUCGUAUCUUAUCUUCAGGCUCGACCGCUACCGCUUCUACAUGAACCUGGAGCAGGGCAAACCAAAACCCGACGCGGAGGGGCAACAGAGGAUUGCGAAGCUCCGGAACGACUGCGACACCGUCCUCGAGGAUCUAGCGAAGGACCGGUGGCAAAAGAUGUGGAGCCGGUUGAACCCCAAAACGAACUCUUUCGUCACCGACGAGCGGGCCUGCGCCGACCGGAAGGUGAUGCUGCUGAAGCAGAUGGCGAUGGUGAUCCAGGUUUUGAUCAGGAGUAAAGAGUCGGGGCACUGGUUUGCACGGGAUCUACUACCCUAUUCUGGAAAGGAAAAAAUGCAGGCGUUGGUGGAAAAUAUCAACACGAUCAAGAAAGCGUAUUUCCAGUGCGACACGUUUGAGAGAAUGGAGAAGUGGCUCGGCUUCAUGAAGAAGGAGGCGGAAGGGAAGUUUUUGAAGAAGGCGGACAGUAUCAUGAGUAAGUACGGGACUGUGUGCUCCUUAGGGUCCGGGGGAAUUUGCGGUUUGAAAUCCGGGAGCCCAAACGAGAUCAUGAAAAACGCGAUGGAUGGUAUACUAAUACAUGUUGAUGUGAUCUUGGCGAUUUCCUGUUUGUGUUGAAGCGUUUUUCAUCUUGCAUCACCCAACUACUUACAUCACUAGCACUACAUGUCGGGGGACAUGUGUGGUGUUGCACGUCUGCUCCAUUUGUUCAAUUUGCAGCUCUGAAUUUCAUCACCAAAUCUAUUCUCACUCUAUCAGGCGCCACCACUCCUUGCGAAUACGUGGUCGCGCACCACUUGCUUCCCCACCACAAAACCAGCCCGAUUCUUAUGACGGAGAAGCUCAGGUGUUUGAUUGGCACGGAAAUUUGGGAAGAUUUGCACGACAAUUUUCCCCUCUACUGCAAGUUGAUUUACCUUCUCUCCGACGGCCACAAGGAGUUCAUUCACUUGGUCAGUUCCGAGUGCAUUUUCGAAUUCCUGAAAAAGCACUUCCGGGAGUCCAUGUUGUUUCUCCACACGAUUAUAGACGUGCCGAAGAACGGAGGAGGUCCGAAUAACACCCAGAACAAGAAUCCGAUGCAACUGCAAAACCAGCAGAACAACAACAAUAAUCCCUCGGAACAGACCACGAAAAAAGUUCUUCGGAUCUACGUCUUAGGGGAGGAUGACGACCACAAUUUCAUCCCCGCAGUCAAAACCAUCACCGGCUUAGUGAUUGACAACACGUCGACGAAUACCCCCGCGCCGAGUUUCAAGCAGGAAUUUCCGAACUUACUCAGGGAGUUCCAGCAUUGGCUGGAUAAAUUCCCGAGGGAGCUCAUGGUCCCCUUUUCCCCGGGCCACAUGGCGAUGCACAACUUCGGCCAGAUAUGAAAGCCUCAGGUUGGAAAUCCUCAAAGUGGAAAUAAUUUGUAAUGCAAGAAAACGACUCCAGUUGAACUUGAAGCACCAUUGCUAGUCGGCGCAUGAGAAAUCUCCCGGACACUCAAAACGUGUCUGUCAUGCUAGUUAGGCAAAGGGGUGCCCUUCUGUCGUGCUAGUCAGCAGCCCAAUUCUGAACCAGUAGAAGCACAACAGUCGGCCUCCGUUGCGUCCACUGCAAUACAGGGUUUUUUGCGUCGCAUUUCACGCGUCACAAAUUAUUUCCACUUUGAGGAUUUCCAUUCUGAGGCUUUCAUACCAGAUGCAGAUCGUUUUCAAAUCCGGUGACGAUACGACGACGAAGAAGACGCAUGUGUCAUUCAGAGAUCCGAAAACCGGGAACAUCACGGAGUUGACAAUCAGGGAUUUUCUCGAAAAGUUCGGGCCCGUUGGGAAAAAGGCGGAUGAAAUUAAGGAGAUCAUGGAGCAACAGUUGAAACAGAAGCAAGAGCAACUACAGCAACAGCAACUCUUGCAGCAGCAACAAAACAGGCUAGGAGCAGCUGGAGUUGUUCCUGGAGCCCCGGGCGGGCAGCCGCCGCGGCAGCAGGAACACCACCCAUUGGCGGUGCAGGGUGCGAAGGAGCUGGCGAAGGUGUUGAAAGACAACCCUAUCCCGAUUAAAAACGUACCCACACCAGAGUCAAGAUGGGGAUUUUGCAACACAAACCUAGGAGUUUUGGGAGUCACGCAUGACAAGUUUCAGUCUGUAAGGUAGUGCAAGUUAGCAAGGAAAGCCGCAUCACAAAUCGAUCUGCUGAUCCUGUUUACAGCAUUACAAGUUCCCAAACACGAUUGAGAAUGCCUGUCAUGGGGUUGCGCAUCACAAAUGUUCCUGUCAUGGCAAAUCUGCAUGACAACUAUGGUGCUUUUGGCUCAAGGAGAGCGCAGGCAUAGCCUCAACGCCCCGCGCGUCUGUGUGCGCUUUGAAAAAAAACUAAAAAAAAAAAAAAAAAUGUUCGCUGGUUCUUUUGGUGCUCCUCCCCACAGCGCCGGCACAACCUCCUCGGGAUCGGGCCACGCAACUCGGAGGGACGAACGGCGCCGGCGAAGCACGCCUACAACCCAAGUGCGGCCCCAAGUGCGUUCGGCGCGGACGCGGCUCGGGUCGGCUUUGGCAAAUGGACACCACGUUUCGCGCGGAGGCCCCCCAGCUCGCCCAAGCCAGUAGCAGCAAGCUCAAUCGAGUCUUGUUCCCCAUGCACAAUAGAUGCGAGGUAAGGGGCGCACAAUAGAUGCGAGCUCAAGGCUUGGCACCGCUGGGGGGGAUGGUCUUGGCCACAUCGCGGGAAUUUUCCCGCCGUGGAAUCGACAAUGGACCUGGCGCCGGCGUUUUACGCUUCUAUGUUGCUCCCGCGUGGGCUGCGGUCCGCGUGAAGAAGCGUGUUCUACUUGAGCCGCCUUGCCAAUCGUGUAUCUGUGCUCCGAGCUUCUGGGCAAGUGUAAAGCAUGCUUCUUGACCGCCAAAGUUUGCGGUCAGGUGGAUAAGCAUUAAUUCUCGCUGCAUCUCUUACCUUUAACUUGGAUGUCUAAACAUCACUUCAGGCCUGCGCUUGUCGCUUAGUGUCUCCAGUGAAUGCAUUCAUCCAGACAGUAGCUACGGGCUUUGCCGCAGGCUGCAGCUUUCUCUUGUAGUUGUGUGCCUGGCUGUACAUUCCCGAUAUAGUGGUUGCGAGUUGGAAGUUUGCGAGAAUCAGAGUAAGGAAUUGUUGGCAAAAAAGUGAGGCGUUGUUCUGUUGGCAAGUGGGCACAAGUUGGCACAGUAUGGCUGUUGGCACAGUAUGGAUAUGGUUGGUGGCGAUAACAGAGUUGGAAUAUAGUGGCCGGGAGAUGAUGGUGAUGGCACUUUGGCGUCCGCCUGACCCACCCGCCCUGCGUCUCAAGCCAUCUGCGGCCAUGGCACAAUGGGGGGGCAAAGUGUGUCGCAUUUUGUUUAGCAUGACAACUAUGGUGUGGGUACGUUUUUACUCAGGAUAAACCCGCAGGCAAAUCUAACCGGGGACGAGAUCGUGAAGCGCGUGAAGGUAUCAAAUGCAAAAAUGUCUGGGUCUGGGACGAGAUUGCGAGAUUUGUCAUGCUAGUCUGGCAUGACUCUUAAAUCUGUCAUGCACGUUUCCCAAGAGCCCCAUUUUGCUGUCAUGCAGAAACGCAGUUUGCCAUGCAGAAUAGGCAACACCUAGAAGCUCAAAAGCUUGUCAUGCUGAGCCAGCAUAAUUUGUGGCCUCUUCAUGAUACGCCACCCAGCAUCACAAGUUUCCAGACCCAGACACUUUUACAAUCCAUACAAGGAGUUUGUCGCGACGUGCGGGAACAUCGUGAAGCUUCACGAACAGAUGCAGCGGGAGUACCAUGCGGAGGUGCAGCGAAGGGGCGGGCCGAAUCAUCCGAACGCGAAAACGAUCGCGCCGGUCCGCGCGUUGGAGUCGAUGUUGAAGCUGCAACUGGUGAUUGCGACAACGAAUAACCCCCAGCUCCACUCCGUCGCGCAACACCCAAAAUUCCACACGAUGGACCCGAAGCAGCAGCAAGCGAUGUUGCAGUACGUUUUGACAAAUUCGGCGAAUUUACCCGGGGGAAACAACAGUACUCAGGGAAAUAAUAAUCAGGCGCAGCAGAAUAAUAUGAACCAGCAUCAACAAAAUAACCCGAAUCAGUUGAACAGCAUUCAGCAGCAAUUACUGCAGCAGCACCAGCAACAGCAGAACCAGAUGCAGCAGCAACAGCACAUCCUGCCCAUACCAAAUCAACAGCAAAACCAGGGCAAUAAUAUCAUGCCCAUGAUUGCUCGGCAACAGCAGCAGUACAAUCAGCAACAGCACAAUAUGCAGCAGCGACAUCAAAAUAACAUGAUGAACAACUGGAGCCAAAAGGGUGGAAAGGGUGGAAAACAACAUCACAACAACAAUUACGGCGGGAUGAAUAACAACAACAUGCAUCAUCAACAGUACAACAACCAUAACCAACAGCAGCAACAACAAUACAACCAGCAACAACAAUAUCAACAGCAGUUGCAAAAUAACCAGAAUCAGCAUAUCUCACCACCCCGGCAAAACCAGACAAUCUCCGCCGCGAGCUUGCUAGGGAAUAUGUCGAUGUCGGCGGGGAACACGCCCGCGUCGACAAACAAACGGCAGUCGAUGGAGCACAACAGUCCGGCGAAGAGGCAAAACGCGCCGCCCGUGAAGUUAGGGGAAGAGGAUGAUGAGUUGUAAGUAGUACAACUACCAAUAGCAGUGCUAGCGACCUUGAUUUACUGCAACAUAUGGCGGCUGUUGAAGAGAAGUGUCAAUGUAACUCAUGUUCAGUUUUUGUUUUGCAACGCAACAAGAAAAUUUACAACUAAAUUACAACGAUAGAAGCUGAUCUGGUGAUUAGCCCGCAGUCAGAAUCUGUACCCUUUAAUUGCUUGAGUGUCAACAUGUUUUUUACCUAGGAUUUCAAACACGCAAUAUCUGCGUUCAAAUUCCAAGCAGCACUUGGAAAUUUUCACAAGUUUUUCUGUCAGUCCUUUGUGUUGGACAUGGACGUCGACGUGGAUUUGCAACAUACAAGAAUGGCGGAAAAACUACACUCUACAGUUUGAAAAGCAAGACGAUGAAACGUCAAAUGGCGUUGGCUAGUAGACAGGCCCUGUUUUGGCGCUCCUGUUGUAAGUCAAUAUUCGUCACCCGCGCAGUCGCGUGCAAUGGCUGAGCAGCCACAGCAUUUUUUCUUGGAGAGCACGAGUUUGACUUUGUGUUGGAAUUUUAUGCUUGAGAAUUACGAAGUAAUUCGUUAGCACCAGUUUUGAGUCCAUGGAAAAGAAGAGUCGUCUGCUCUCGUCUUCGUCUCGUCCAUGUCUUCGUCCUAAGAUCUAGUUGGUGGGUCGCGCAUACCGCAAAUAACGCGACGGCACAGGCAAACGUUC